CUCCACCAAUGUCUAAGAAUCUAAACAAGUGGCCCUCGCUGUCGAAAAUGCGCUUUAAAAUGUAAAAUAUCUAUGAUAUGUGAUUAUCUUCCCAACCGACUGACUCCACAAAGCGCCUAAAAAUGUCCAGGAGCUCUAAAUCCCAGAGUAGAGCCCAGAGUUCCUUGAUAGAAGUGAAGAGCAAGUUUGAUGCAGAAUUUAGGCGAUUCAGUGUAGAGAGAGACAAGUAUGAGAGGCUCGAAGACUUUCGCACACUAGUUGAAGAAUUACACCGACUACAAAGUACUUCUUUUGUCCUAGCCUACACUGACCCUCGGGAUGGGGAUCUUCUUCCAAUCACAAAUGAUGAUAACUUCAGGAAAGCUCUUCAGUGCUCAAGACCGCUUCUCAGAGUCAUCAUCCAGCAUAAAGGAAGCCUUGAGCAUCUGCCAAACGGCUCGAACCACAAGCUGCCCAGCAUCCUCUCCCCUUUUGUUACGCAGCCGAGGAACAAGUUAUCUAUAUCUUACCCACAAGAUUUCCGUCAGGUAGCAGCUAUAAUUGAUGUGGAUGUCGUACCUGAGGUGUGCAGGAGAGUACGACUGCUGAAGCACGGGUCAGACAAACCUCUAGGCUUUUACAUUCGAGACGGAACAAGUGUGCGAGUGACCCCGCAUGGCCUGGAGAGAGUGCCUGGCAUAUUCAUCUCUCGGUUAGUGCCGGGCGGGCUGGCAGAGAGCACUGGGCUGCUGGCAGUGAAUGAUGAAGUCCUGGAAGUUAACGGAAUAGAAGUCAACGGAAAAACCUUAGAUCAGGUAAGAAAUUACUCAAUGUUUUUGGAUAAUUGUGUUUGAAAAUUGGCCUACAGC